AUGGCGAAGCAAUAUCAUUCGCUUUCCACCACCAUUGCGACUUCCAUUGUCUUCCUCUUAGUUCUCUCUAAUGCACAAGAUAAUGCUCCUCACAGUGGCGGUGUGAUUAGCCUCAACAUGAUCCACCGUGACAAGCCAUCUUCUCCCUUAUACGAUGCUUCGUUAACCGAUUCGCAAAGAGUAAGCAAAGCGUUGCAACUUUCACGUCAUCGUAUCAACCGUUUCGUCUCGUCAGAAGAUGAAUCACCUGGUGCUCAUCUAAUCUACAGCAGUGGAGAGUACCUGGUGAAUAUGUCAAUCGGUACACCACCAAGACCUUUCAUUGGAAUUGUCGACAGCGGAAGUGAUCUUAUAUGGACACAAUGCAUGCCGUGCACGGAAUGUUUCAAGCAAAACCCUCCUCUCUUUGAUCCGGCUUCUUCAUCAACUUAUAAAGCUCUCUCGUGUGCAUCCAACGAAUGUAGGUUGGUAAACGAAGCCACACUUUGUUCCAGUAAUUCAAGCUCUUGUGGCUAUCAAGCUUCAUAUGGCGACGGGUCUUACAGCAACGGAAACUUGUCCCUUGACACCGUUACACUGGAUUCGAUAUCCAUUCCCAACACCAUAUUUGGUUGCGGACACCAUAAUGGAGAGUUCACUGGGGUUGAGUCGGGAAUUGUUGGACUAGGCCGUGGAGCUGUGUCGUUUAUCUCCCAAAUCGGGGGGUAUUUGGUUGGCGGGAAAUAUUUCUCAUAUUGCUUGGUUCCUAAUCCUGCACAAACGUCUUUCCAGUCCAAUAACUCUAAUCCAGUCUCAUCAAGCAAGAUGUAUUUUGGUCGACUCAAUACUUCAUCAGGUCCUGGAGUGGUAACCACCCCUUUGCUUAGGAAUCCAAUCUAUCAAUCCUUCUAUUACCUUGAGCUUCAAGGCAUUAGUGUCGGAGCCAACAAUAUCACAGUUGAUGCUGAUGCCAAGGACUUUAAGGGCAACAUGAUCAUAGACUCAGGGACUACCUCAACGUACUUGCCGGAGUCGGUUUACGACAGGUUCGAAAGAGCAAUUAGAGAGGAACUCAAAGAUCGAAAUCUGGAGGUGAAGCAAGAUCCGACUGGCGGUUCAGAUCUUUGUUACUUGACUAAAUAUGAUAUUCUUGCUGGCCCCAAUGUCACUUUCCAUUUUAAUGGGGCAGAUGUGAAGCUAAAUUCGGCCAACAAUUUUAUUAGAAUGGAUGAUGAGACUGUUUGCUUAGCAUUCUCCUCAGGCAGCAGUUUUGGAAUCUAUGGGAUUUGGCAACAAACAAAUUACCUGGUAGGAUAUGACCUAGAGAACAAGACUGUCUCCUUCCAGCCAACUGCUUGUGCGACUAUUUAG